CUUUCUUACAUACAUUAUUAUUAUUUAUUUUGAAUUUCUUAAUAAGUUUUCUUUUUUAUGUGCAUAUAAUUUCUGAGUACACAACAUGUCCGACACAUUCGUCUGUAAUUAUUAAACGUCGAAUUCAUUAUUUUUACGGUGAGUAAAGUAAAAUCAAAUAAAAUAAUUAUAUAUUGACGUUAAUAUACACGCAUAAUUCAUGUAAUUGAAACCACAUAAAUUGUAUAGACACAACUUUCAGCAAAAAAUUCAACAAAGACACUUAAAAACACGCAAAGUUUAUCUUUAUGUUUCUCUUUUGGCAUUUAAUAUUAUGUACAAUUAAAGUCCAAGAAAUUUCAAGUUUCUUCAAAGUGUUCUUCAUUAUAUUCGCAUUCUGUUUCACUGAACGAACAUAAUCGAUACACCAAACAUUCGUGGCGAAGGCACCGAUAAUGUGGAUGUCGCGUUUCGAUAUCUGCGCACUGUUUACGAAAUGUCACAUUCUAUCACCUAAGUGAAAAUAUCUCAUUUCCGUCGUGGAAUUAUUUUCUGACCAUAUCGAAGCGAAUCAACCCAGAUACGUUGAGUAUUUUUACGAGAAAUACGUGUUUCAAUUUUUCUUGAUAUUUAAAGCACACGACAAGAUUCAAAUAGUAGGUCACCUAUCACCACAUGUAAUCAUCUCCGAAUCGAACUGCAACGUAGUGCACUGUCUCGUGAAUGGUAUACUUAUGCAAUGCUAGAGUGAACGAUAGACAUAAAAACAAUAUUACACACGUUAUUUGAUCAAUGAAUCAAUGAUGCGCUUUGUAAGAGAAAUAAUUGAUUUGUGAGUUAAUGACGUAACAAAAACGAACAAAAAGCAAGUCUUUUCAACAAAAAAUACACAAAAAUAUAUUUGAAUUGAAUAAAUUAUCAUUAUGAAGUAUCAGCAAGUAACCGUGGACAUGACGAACAUGAUGUUUACCGCUAGCACUUAUUUGGCGUUUGCCGGAGUGUUCUGGAUAUUUCUGCGUCUUAUCCAAGCCUGCUUUUGGCUGCCAAAACAUUUAAAAAGGCAAAAUGAUGUUCAAAGAAUAUUGCAAGAGAAGGUGGACAGUUAUGAAAAGUAUGUAUUAGAAUGUGAAGAGAAGGAAAGAGCGGAAAUGUUAGACCAGAUCGACGACGAGAAGAAAAGUCUCGAAAUGUCGCAAAAAUGGAAAGAACGACAGGAAUGUCUGGACAUGCUCAAGAAAGAGCUGGAAAGAGUUCGCGAAGGCAGAGAUAUAUCCGAUUGGGAUGCUUUACUGGAUGAGGAAUUGAAAAAGCAUGAAUUAGACUCUACGCUUUUAGAUGAGGAGGAUGAAGAAGAAAACUCUAAGAAAGAUACUAAUAAAGAAAAAAACGAAGAGAAAAGUGAGAAAAAGAACAAGAAUAUCGAGCCAAAAAAAGAAAAGUAACAACUAUAUCGAGUGCCUUAAAAGUGCCUUAUUAAGAUUGUUUAAUUGCUUUGAAAACUUGUAUCUGUACGUAACAGAAUAUUUAUAAAAAACGUAAAUUUCUUCAAACAAAUAAAUUUUUAAAAAUAUUCUAUAUACUAAACAAUAAGAUUCUACAUUAAAAUAUUAUCGACUAAUAAUUAAAACAUGUCUUGAUACACAUAGUUAGGAAAAGUAGAGUUAAAAGAAAAAGUAGAGUUCUUUAAGUGUAUACAUUGCUAUCAUUGAUAAUCUAAUUUUAUUUAUUUAAUUUUAUCAAUAUGCAGAGAAGAUACAGUUUUAAUUUAUCAAUAGUUGUAAAAAAUAUUUAUAUUAUGUAAAAAUUAUAUGCAAUCGAUAUAAGAAAUGCCUCGUAGUAAUUACCACAGUAUUAUAAUACAAUAAUUAAAGGGAGAUGAGCAGUUUUAAAUAAGCACAUAUUUAAAUACUCUAAAAAUUGAAAUUACAUAUAAGCAUAUACAUAAAAUGUUGUUUUUAUUAGUGUAAAAUUAUUCUUUUGUUGAAAAAAAGGAUUAUAAUAGUUUUAAAAAAAGUGUCACUUUUUCAUAUUAAUAAAAUUAUUUAAGAGUGGAAGUGUGCGUAUGUAUAUAAGGCUUUUAUAUAUAUAUAUAUAUAUAUAUAUAUAUAUAUAUAUAUAUAUAUAGACAAACAAUAUCAUUAAUUCACUUGGUUGUGUUGCCAUUACUGCAAUCAAUAUACAAAACAAAUAUGUAACGUAAAUGUCUACCUCGACAAACCUGUGCUUGCUUCUAUUAGUACCGGCAUUUAAUAAACCAUAUGUGUUAUAUCCAUCGAUAUUUUGCGUACGCAAUAACAAUUACGAAUUAAUUUAAUUAUCAUGUAGCGUGGUGGAACUAUCUGCAAAAACGCAGUUUAAUCGUAGAGAUAAUGCAAUUCAUACUCUUAUUUACAUAUAUUUUAAUAUGACGAACAAAGAGGGGGAAGGUAUGUAUUAACGGCGUUAUAUAUCACACAUAUACAUAUAUACAUUUAUUUCUGUAUUUAAGCGUGUGACUAUUUUACAAAGUUUUCUAGGUAGAUAUAGAAGACACAUUUUAGCAAAUCAAAAAACAGCGCGAUCAAGAUAAAAUAAUAAUUAUAUAUGUAUAGAAGAAUUAUAUGGACCAUAUGCAAUAUAA